UUAAUUCCAAAAAGGGUAAAGCGAAAACACAAUAUUCCACUACUCUCGGACCCACGAGUGGACUUUAGCUGAAAUAAAGAAGGAUAUUUUGGUAAAUGUAGGGAUACAGUUGUUCUUUUUCUCAGAAUCUAAUGAGCCAAGAAAUGAAGGCCGUCGUCGUCUGAACAUGGAGCUUCACAGUUUGAAGACGGUGAGAGAGAGAGAGACCCGCCUUUUUCUUUAUAAACCCAAUAAAUGUCUCCACGUGAUACUAAACGAGGUUCAAGAGAAGAGUUGAAUUAAAAGACAAGGAUUAAAAUUUGAAAUUUUUAUAAAACUGUGAACACGAUUUGCUUGUUUGGAUGGAAAGAAAAAUGGCAAGAAAAUAAAAAGGAAAUGAAAAAUAUUUGAUUUUCCAUUAACGCCCGGUAACUUGAAGGAGAGUUAGCAGGGAAAAGAAGAAGAAAAAGCCGAUAAAAGGGUUUAUUCUUGAGUCGCUUUUUCUCUUUUUUCUCUCUUUUUUUUCCUGGUUAUAUUGACUGAUGGAGCAUCACUUCUGAAGUCACUGUUUCUCUCUCUCUCUCUCUCUCUCUCUCUCUCUCUCUCUCUCUCCAUCUUUUCAGCAAAAGAGGGAAGUUGGGUUUUCACGACCGGCGAAUCCAAGGAGGUACCCUUCUCGGUUUUUAUUUGUGUAAUUAACUUGGAUCAUGGUGUGCUGAAGAAAUAGAUGGAGGAAAAGCAAUUGGAUUUUAAUGCUCCACUUCUGUCUGUGAGGCGUUUCUCAUCUAUAACAGCUUCUUCAGGAGAGGAGAGUAAGAGAAUUGAGAAGUCUCAGCGAAAGAUACCUUCUUUUCCUUAUCACAAGUCGGAUUUGAAAUCAGGGCCUGUUAGAAAUCCUGGUGCAGUUCCAUUUCUAUGGGAGCAGAUCCCAGGAAGACCAAGGGAUGGGGAUGCACUCCAAGCACGGCCUAUUGAACCCCCAAAGCUUCCACCUGGGAGAGCUUUUGGUGUUAAACAACAGUCUUCAAACAAGGAACCUGAAGAUCCAAAUGCCAUCAGACCCCAAGCUAAUGAUAUUCAUCCUAGUUAUAAAAUUUCAUCUUUGGAUGAAAAUGUAACUGCGUUGGAUAACUUGAAGGAGAGCUUGAAGGAAAAAAGGGAUGCAGAUACUGAGGAAGAUGUUGAUGAAGCCUUUACAGAUGCACUUGAAACAUUGUCAAGAACUGAAUCAUUCUUAUUGAACUGUAGUGUAACCGGGUUGAGUGCAUUGGAUGGUCCAAACAUGAGACCAUCUGGAACUUUCUCAACAGAUCCACAGACCAGGGAUUUCAUGCUGGGACGUUUCUUACCUGCAGCCAAGGCAAUGGCUGAGGAGACACCUCAACAUACUUCAAGAAAGCAACCUCUGCCACGUGAACAACAAAGGCAGGUGAAGGUGGUAAGUGAAGAUAGGCGGCCUCCACAAUAUCAUUAUAAGCCUUACAUGUUGCCACAAUUUCCUAUGGAUCAAGGGGAAGAAGAAAGUGAAGAUGAAGAUGAAGAAGAUGGUUAUGAUGAUACUGGGAAUUUAUCCGCAAAAGCUUGUGGGUUAUUUCCUCGGUUUGGCCUAAAGAACUCCUUUUGCCUUCUAAAUCCAAUCCCAGGAAUGAAAGUUAGGAAUCACGUGCCCAUUUCUUCUGUCCGUAAGGUUGGUACACGGGUCAAGACUGGACAUUCUAGGCCUCACAUGGAAAUAAAUGAUGAGCACACAUGGGAUGCUGUCUAUAAACACAAAUUAGCUAGUCGACUAAAACCAUCUGGGGUCCUUGAGGAUGAGACUAAGCUGACAAGUGAAUCUAACCAUCUUACUUAUUCAAGUGAUUCUCAAACACCAGAUGGCUCCUCUCCCUACAGGAUAUUACCAUAUCGGAAUGAAGCACCUCGGUCUCCUUUUCAUGAAGGAUCAGGAUUUCUUGGCAUUCCUAGAGAAGUUAAAGAUCGCAAGGCUAAUGGUUUAGAUUCAUAUAAUAAAGGUGGUAACUGUUUAAGAGAUAUAUUAUUCCACCAGAACAAUAAGCAAGAGUUGGGCUCGUUGAGCCCUAUGGUUGAGAAAACUCUCUAUGUAGACUCUGUACACACAGUGGAGACUCCAAAUUCAAAGUCAAGUUCUGCAAAUUCUAGGACAUUGAUGGAUACCAAAGAUAAAGAUUCUGAAGUUAUGGGAGAAAGUAUGAUGGAAGAAGAAAACCUUGCAACUGGUUCUUGCAUUGAAAAUAUUAAAAACCUUAAAAUCUUGGAGGAUAAACGCAUAUUGGAUCCUAAAAUAUUUGGGGUUGUUGAUUCUGAUCUACCUUGUUCUGCAGAAAGGUCAAUUCUUGGAGGGCAGAUAGACAGAACAGAGGGCUCCAGACAGGAUACUUUUCUUGAUCAGGAAUCAAGGUCUGCCUUGUGUAAAGAAGUGCCUACUGAUGCAAAAUUGGAUUUUGAUAACUCACAACCUCUAUCAGCAGAUAAUGAUGAUGGAAAUUCUUGUACCAGCUCUUUAAGUGCUCUUCUUCCCCCACCUUUACCAAAAUCACCUUCUGAGUCUUGGCUUUUACGUGCCUUGCCUUCCAUUCCCUCAAGGAAUCCCUCUUUACGGUCAUACCAAGGCACACGGUUCAAUCUCAGAAAGCAGCUUUCUGAAACUUCUUCCAAUGAUCCCAAGUGGGAGACGAUUGACAAAUCUUCAAAUACAAAUGCAGACUAUUUACGGUAUUCUGAGGAAUUAAUAACACCUCCAUCCCUGCAAGCAGGAACAUAGAACUGCAAAGGCUUAUCCUAAAUUACUUGAGCUGAAUUGUUUUUCCAAUCAAUGAAUUAAAAGGUUAAUGAAAUUCAGUGGUCGAGUUUCCAUUUUGUAACUAGAAGUAUACAUGUAAGUUAAUUACUGUUUAUUCUCUUCUCUUUCAUGGAGCAGAUCAGUAGUUAUACAUCUCUGGAUUGGUUUCUUGUAAAGGUCAUCAAAUUCAUUGAAUAUCAAGUUCACUGGUGCAGUUUCCUUUUAUGAUUAUGUUGUAAACUGAAUGAACAGCCAUUCUAUAUAACAGAAUAAGCUGCCAAAUUGGCAACACAAACACAAAGUCAUUCACGGUUUGGUCAAAUAAGAGGCCUUUUGUAACUCUUAAUGAAGGAAUUUCUCUGGCAGAUACUUGUCUGCUUUAGCUUCAGUUUCUACUAGUUGUGUAUUGAUAAGUUGGAAACUAGAUACAAUUCAAAUACUGCUCUUUUAACA